AUGUCAGGCACUUGCAUUUCUCUGUCGGGGUCGACACAGUGUCCCGCAUUCAAUGGCUCAUCGAUAUCGACCAACUCUAGUCUCUACGCGGAUUUUCCGUUUCUUGAAAAUGUUGCAAACUUGACUCAAUUCGACCAAGAGUUGAGUAAUUAUAUCAACGGGUCUUACAUUGAAUCCAAAUAUGUUGACUAUCUGGGAUGUCAAUCAAUCAAUAGCACAGACAUCGAUAACUACUACGCUCGCUAUACAACAAGUGUAAUUUGUAAUGGAAUCGUCCAGAGCUCAAAGAAUGACUGCAAUCUAUCUGAUGACCAGUCCAAGCCGCUUUGUGCUGACACUUGUGCACUGAUGGCUACGAGCGAGGAGGAGAUUGUGGUGAAUUCUGACCUAUGCGAGGAGAAGCGCAGUGAUUACAUGAGCCAGAUCCGUUCCGACUUUACUGUGUGCGCUCUCCCAGCCGACUCGCUUACUGGAUCCUGUAUCUCCGGAGCUGAUAACGAACCCGACGAGUGUGGAUUCAAGUCGAAUAUCAUGGGAUUGUGUGGGUACUGUAGAUCGAGCUCUCCCAACUCUACGGAUACUUGUUGUGAAAGUGCGAAUGCUGCGACCAAAUGCAAAAAUAUAUCGAUCCCUUCCUCGACUCUAUCGCCUGUUAUUCCAUCUUCGACAGCCGGGUCUGGUGGUUCCAGCCAUAGUCUUUCCGGUGGUCAGAUAGCCGGAAUUGUCAUCGGAUCUGUUGCGGCUUUCGCUCUCUUAGCUGCCCUGGCCGCAUUUUUGCUGCUCUGUAUGCGCCGCAAACGCAACACAAGGGAUGACACUGCGCUGAACCAACCGAACCCGCAAAGAAAAGGCUCCCCGUCAAUGCACAGCGGAACCAGCCAAAAAGGGUUCACUUUUGUCCCUGGAGGACGAGUGGCCAGGAUGUCUGCUCUGCGAGAGGUUCCCAGCUCAUCCCCAGCACGGUCCCGACGGUCUGCCUUUUUCGGUGGCGCCAAAUACAGUGAUUCUUCCGAUUCUGAAUAUGUUGGUGCAAGUCCCGGCGCGAUGUCGAAGAAAAUCCCCCCUGUCACUGGAAAACGGACUGGCUCACUUUCGAGCAAUUCGGUUUUGGCCGGUUCCGGUAACGACACAUCGCCCCGUUCGGGUACUGUUGGACAGUACUCUUCACCUGGAAUGACCAGUGGUCAGUCGGAGCAGAUGUCAGCUUUCAACGAUUAUUAUUCGCAGGAUGAUAUCCACCCUGGCGAUAGAGUUUCUGCUCUCUGGGCAUAUCAACCACGAGCUGGUGAUGAGUUCUCGCUGGAACGAGGAGAUAUGCUGAAGGUGAUUGGUAUCUGGGAUGAUGGCUGGGCGACUGGUGUUCGCAUUCCCGAUAAUGCCGAGGACUAUGAUAUCAGAUACCGAGAACAGCGCGACAGUGGGGUGUCGAAUGGAUCCCACAAGAUGCCAUCUCCCGCCCCUAGUGGAGAAAUCAAGGCAUUCCCACUGGUCUGUGUUUGCCUCCCGCAGCAUUGGAGGAAGAUUAUCGAUGGUGGACAGGAUGGAUUAGGAUGA